UGGAAAAUUGCGCCAUUUCUCUUUUUUCAGUUACCGAGCGAGUUGAGUUGUUUGGCGGUGGAGGGAAGGCCGCGCAAUAAACCGGACGGUGCGGUAGAGAGACGGACCGGGUGGCGGUGCGCGCGUGAUUACACAUACACACGUACGUCCGGCGAGAUUUCAGCGGAGUCGAGGGCGAGCUUGGUUGUGCGGAUGCACAGAUUCGGGAUACGGCCAGAGCUACGAUCAUCCACGUGCGCGAGAACGUGUGAGAGGAGCGGAGCAAGGACGGCGAGUGAGCGAGCAAGCGACCCAGCGUGCAAGCGUGCGUCUAUUGUGCGAAGGCGGCGGACGGAGGAUCGAUCAUCGAUCGAAAUAAGCAGCGCGGAGCGGUGCCGGUCCGUGAAACGAAGCAGUACGGAGACGUCUCGCAACGUCGCGAUACGACCGCUGUCUGUAUCGCCGAUUAGGCGUCUUUCUCUCUCCUUUUGAGCCGGGUCUCAUCCCGCUCCCGGGAACGCGAUCAUUCGCCCGCGAGACAAGAUGUCGUUGGCAUGGGUGGACGCGCUCAGCGAUGCCGAGCUGCGGACGAAGCUGAGCGAGUACGGAUACCCAGUGGGACCGGUGACGCAGACCACCCGCAAAAUACUUAUCAAGAAGCUGAAGAACCUCAUAGAAGCCCGCAGCGCGGCAGAGGCAGGAGAAAGAUCCCGGCUUUCGUUGGCCGCGAGAUAUAGCAGUGAUGACACAGACGACGAUACAAACACAAACACAAAUGUCAUCAAAAAGAAGAAGAAUCUUCGUCGGCAAACCCUUGCAACUUCUAUGCCACCGCCUUCGAGUAUUCCUCCUGAAGCUGCAAGUGUGACGAAAAAUCUGGUCAAGGAGAAUCUGUUGCCGUCACAUUCGGAGUUCAAAGAUCCCAACAUGACAAAUUUUGACAACUUAGGCAUGCCUUUGACUCGCACUUCGAAAAUUAUGCAGACCAAGUCUGUUACCAGGACUCAAAAGACAUACAUGUCUGACGAUUUGGAGACUGGAUCGGAUUCGGAUGUUGUGGAAGAUGUUGAUCGUAUUAGACGCAGCUCAUAUGAUAAGUACCUGCCUAAUCCGAGCAAACCGUACGAUUCUCGAACAUACGAUCGUACACUUGAUCAGAUGUCGAAGACCAGACCACUGGGGUGGAAUUAUGAAGAGAUGAAAGGCAAGUACAAUUCUCCCUCAAAACUGAACGUCUCUUCAAUUCAUCCUGCAAAAGAUAAUGUGAGUGGAAGGGAUAGUGCAACAGAUCUUCUUGCAAACUAUGAAACUCCAUUUUUAUCAGACUUUACAAGGAGACUCAGCCAAAUGAAUUCCACGAGUCCAAAAAGUUCUACAAUACGUCCUACUUCAUCAACCUUACCAGAAGUGAAAGAGAGAGAUUCGAAUGGCUUCUCUACCUUAAGGAGCAUGUACUCGAGUUCACCAAGACACAAUAUAUCGUCAACCGAUAGAGUUCGGGAUAUUUUUAGUAGAACGACUUACAAGCCGUCGACGACAAGCAGAGAGGAUGUACGAAACAAUCAGAACAUCGUGUCUAUGGGCCUUGUGGCGAUAGUCGCCCUAUUCUUUUUAGGCCUUGCAAUAAUAUAUUUGGGACUUGGUGGGAAAACCGAAACGCUUCCAUCACUUUCAUCGGAUAAUAACAUACCGCAAUGUUUCCUCGAUGGAGCUCCUGAUCUUAAAGCACCUGGGGUAAAUUGCAUAAUGAAGGAAAACAUAGAAUCUGUGUUGCAACUGUUAAGGCGCCUACAACCCAUUUUAACGACAAAGGCGAUAUCAAAAAUAUGCGAGAAUUCGAAUGAGAAAUCAUUUUUGACUGAUACUGAUAUCAUAGGAAUGUUUACGAAUGAUAAAGUGACAAGCCUCGAGGUAAAAGAGGAUCUGCACAGCGCGCAGUUCUUAAUCAUUAAAAAUCAAAAAUGGGGUAUUUCGCUUAUCGAUGUAAAUGAUGAUAACGGAGAGAUCACGGAAACAUUGGAUACUCUAGAUAAAUUAUUUUCCGCCCGUCUAAAUGGAAAAAUCGGAAUGACAAUAUUAAAUCCUGAGCUACCGAUGCAAUGCCUCGUUAAGAACAAACUUUUUACCAUCUUUUCUUCUCUCCUUGUAGUGGCAAUCGUCUCAUUGACAGGUAUCGGAAUUUAUAAAUCGUAUCUUUGGUAUCUAAGAUACAAGAAAUGUACGGAGAGAGAGGUGUUUAAACUUGUUAGCGAUAUUAUAAGUCUCGUUGAGACCCAUCAUCAAAAUGCAUCCACGCAACCUGGUGCACAGGAAAGUUUUCUCGCCAUAAACCAUGUGCGAGACAAUCUCAUUCUACCAAAGGAUCGUAAAAGAAUGUCAAGUCUUUGGGAAAAAGCAGUGAAGUUUCUAGACGAAAACGAAUCCAGAAUUCGGAGAGAGGUACAACAAGUGGCAGGAGAAGAGUUUCAUGUAUGGCGAUGGUUGCCGAAUAACACUUUGAACAAAUCUCCUGUGCAAAGCGCAACUUUGGGCAAGAAACCGAAGGUCUGGCAGGGACAAGCAUUCGAAACAAUGGAAGGAUCUGUUAACAGUUUGACUUGUUCGCCGACGCCUUGUCUGAAAAUCAGGCACAUGUUUGAUCCAGAUAUUGAAACUGAAGAUGAUUGGGAGACGAGAGUACAGGACGCUAUUUUAGAGAAGUGCGGAGAGGGUGUGAAGAUACUUCACAUUCGAGUGGACAUCGGUAGCCGCGAGGGCUGCGUUUAUAUGAAAUGUAUGUCGCAAGAAGAUGCUGGUAAAGCUUACAGGGCAUUACACGGUUGUUGGUUCGAUGGUAAUUUAGUGACUGUGAAGUACCUGAGAUUAGAGCGUUAUCACGAGCGAUUUCCGGAUGCCGCCCGCUGUGUGACGCCUCUCAAGCCAAGCAACAAUCAACGAUUAUCUAUGCAAGCGCAUUACUGGCAGAGUCCGGCGGAGGCAAAUUAAAAGUUCACAUUUCUAUUUCGACAUUCAGAGAAACGUUAGAGCUCUCGCAUUUGAAUCACAUACACACGUACACACAAUUAUCCUGCGCUGAUCAGAACUUACGGAAUCUGUCGACUUUUUAUUUAUUCCGUGAUAACAUACCUACCCCGGUAAGAAAUGGCUCAUCGAAACAACUGUUGAACUGAUGAGUUUUUCGGUCAUCAUUUCUCACUGCCGUACAGCGCAAAUACUUAUUAGGAGAUACUUCUAUUUUAUAAGAGCAUUUUCUUUUAAAUUCGCUAACUGUGUAUUAUAUUCUACUUUGUAUCUUUUAUGAACGAGAUGAGGAGGGAAUACAUGUUUUUAAUAGUUAAAUAAUAAUAAUAAUAAUUAUAAUAAUGAUGAUAACAGCACACGGUAACAUUAAUAUAUAAUUAAAAAUGCUUUUAAAAAGCUUUUAAAAAACAUUUUAAUCUGAGUUUUAUAGUAUUUUCAAGUAGCAAUAUACGUACGUAAGCAAAACGUGCAUCGCAUUCUCUAUAGGCCUAUCCAAGACUAAUUCGCUGAUCAUCUAUGUAAGGCAUCUAUGCAAAGAAAUCUGAUUACAGGACUUGUUACAAUGCAGUUUCUUAAUAUACUAAGCUUGCGAUCGCGAAAUUUCUGUGCAUACGAAAAAAUAUCGAUUUAAUUAUUUAAGAUUACAUUAACAAUUCUUUUUUAAUAAUCAUUACAUAAGAAAGUUAUUUUUUACGAUGUAUCAUAAAAAUGUACAGUAAAA